AAAAUAAGGUGAGCCAAAUGCUGCUUAAUACUGAUGAAACAUCAUACACAACGUUUCUAAUAGACACAUUCAGAAGAUAAUGCCGACUGACUGGUGACAAAAACUUAUAAAAAAAACGCAAUAUUGUCUGCAGAAUGACCUUCAAUACAACUCUUCAAGUUUCCCGUCACAAUUUAACCUAUCAUGAGAAAACUACAUUGGACGUUGUCUGUUACACCAUUAUUAUUCUCUUAGGCACCACUGGAAACUCUGUGGUCAUCUGGGUGGCCGGCGUCCGUAUGAAACCCAAUGUCACCAACACAUGGUUGGUUAACCUUGCCGUGGCUGACCUGAUCUUCUGCUGUACACGAGUGACCUCGCUCAUCAGUAUAUGCAUUGACCACUGGCCCUUUGGAGUCUUUCUCUGCAAGUUUAAUGGCUUCUUCAAGUACGCCAACAUGUUCUGCAGUGUUUUUCUUCUGGCGGUCAUCAGUGUGGAUCGAGUGAUCUGUGUAUGGCGCCCAGUGUUUGCUAGGAAGAAGCGUACCUUAUGUGCUGCUCGUGUGAUCAGUUUGGUGGUUUGGAUUGUGGCGCUGAUCUUCAGUUCACCAUACUUUGUGUACCGAGGGGUCUAUACUAGGAACAACCUGAGCCGCUGCUCACUGAAGGAAAAAGCAGCAGUUGGAGAAAAUUCAGCAAAGUAUGUUUACUACUACAUUCGCUUCUUUUGUGGAUUUGUGUUUCCUUUCCUUGUGAUCUUUAUCUGCUACACACUGGCUGCUGUUGGGAUUCGCAGAACCAGACUCUUUGGCAAAUCAAGGCCUCUUCGGAUUCUUGCUUUAUUGGUUUUUGCUUUUUUCUGUUGCUGGGCACCUUAUCACAUCCUAGGUCUUGUUAAAUUGAGGAAUAAAAACCACCCAUUGGUAAAGUUAGGAUGGCAUAUGGCUUCAAACUUAGCGUAUUUCAACAGCUGUGUGAACCCAAUAUUGUACUUCUGCACGGGACUGAAUCUCAGACAACGCUGCAAUCAAAGCCUCUUAGGGAUUUUUCACAGAGCUCUUACUGAAGAAGGCCGAACGUUGUCCCAGGACACCACUUUGGAGGAACGUUCAAACUCUGUUUUAAAAGCAUCUGGUAAAGUUCACCACACACAUGUAUGACUGGACAAAGUCCUUUUAAGGAAGUUGCAUCACUGUGCCAUCAUAUUUGCAACGCUUACAGGUCUUGUAAGACCAUUGGCCUUUUUCAAGUGGAAGGCGGGACUAGAGUCACCAUCCAUGCAGUGCAUCUUGAUAUUAUCUAUGCUGUUGAUUAA